AUGGGUGUUGGAAGUUCUCAAGAAUCACAAUCCUCAUCUAGACAUAGCUCUACAAGUGGAAGAAGACUUAGAAGAUUUUUCUUUCGUCGAAAUAAACCAAUUCCAACAACACAACUUAGUUCACCUGGUAUUACACAACCGACUUCUUAUCAACAUUUCUAUGGUACUCGUCCUAGUUCAAGACCAAUACCUAUUUAUCCACCAUUAGAACAACCAUCACCAUCAUUUUUACCAAUAUCUUACAAUAAUUUUCAAUUUCCUUCAUACAUACCACCUCAACCUAUGAUGAUGCCACCCCCACCGCCACCACGAGUAGCACCAUUCAUGUCUCCAUCAUAUAUGAUUCCUGCUCCUCCUCCUUUUCUUCCUCCGAUGUCGACACCAUACAUGCAACAACCACAAGUACAACCUAUCUACAAUAAUAUGGCCGCUCCAGUUUCCAUGCCAGUGGGUAAUUCUGGAGGAGCUUUACUUAAUCCUCCAUCAUAUCCAGGAGCACCUUCGAGACUUAUUACGGAUUGGACAGGUGGUGGAGCAAUAUCGCCUGGUUUUCUUGGGCCUCCUAUUUAA